CGCGACCGCGUCUCUACCGCGUCGCACAGUCCGACCGUCGUCCCGCCGAAAUCCCGCCGACGUCGAAACCGCCGCCGCCGCCGCCGUUUUUCGUCCCGUCGACCGUGGUAUUUCGUAAUGUAAUAUUCGACCGAUAACAGCCGAUAAAAAAAAAAACAUCGCCAACGUUGCUAUAUUAUUUUUAAUACGUGCAAGUUUUUUUUUUUUUUUUUUUAUAUAAAUUUAAAUUAAAUUAAAUCGUUAUUCAUUCAAACGCGUCCGGAGUGUCGUUUGUUAUUGUUUUUGAUUUUUUUUUUUUUUUUUACCGUUUUACAGUGAGGUAAUAAACUGUGGAUUUUUUUUUUAAUAAUUUUUUCAAAUUUUUGGUGCGAAUCCGAAAUCGUGUGGUUUUUUUUGGAUUUUCAACCGCCCCGGAGUGACCGCUAUUGCGGUAACCGCGGAAAAGCGUCCGCCGGUCAUUAUUUGUCCGAUCUAUCCGGCGCACGCACGUCCAACGAAAAUAUUAUCUAUAAAAAUAUAUAGGCAUAUAGAUAUAUAUAUACAUAUAUAUAUUUACAGAUUUAAAAAUUUUUAAAAAUAUACAUAUAUUUAUACAUAUAUAUAUAUAUUUUACGAAAGUACGAUUAUUUUUAUUCGCCUACAACGGUAUAAUAAUGUUUUUGUAUUAAAUUUCCUCGCUAGACAUAAUAUAGAAAGCACCAUAGCAUAGUAUGUGUAUAAUAUAUAUUAUGUAUAACCCGCGUUAUCUAUCGGUGUCGGGCGUUGCGGGAUAGACCGGAUAAAAAGCGCGUGACGAAAAUUAAAAAAACCGUAGACAGUGUUUUUUUUUGUUUUAGGUUCGCUCCGCGGAGAACGUCGGAAAUCCCGUGCCGAAAUUUAUCACGCCCCGGCUAUCGUCGUUGUAGAUUUUACACACAAACAUAAUAUCAACAAUUAUAUUAUUUACUAUUACCGUCCAUUAUACACACGAUGAUCGGGCGUGAAGGCGCUCGUGAGUGGCGACAUUUGCGACGGCUAAGAUUCCGAAUUCGAUUCGCUUACCAGCCGUUUGCCGACACCACGUAGAAGGAUUUCGUUGGAAACGAAAAGCCGAAUUACCGCCGUUAAUUAGCACACACUGUAUACACGGUAUACGAAUAUAUAAAAAUAUUAUAUUUUUAUACAUAUUUCGUCGUUACACCGGACCAAAAAAAAAAGAGCUGCAGCCGUCGAUCCUCACCAUGCCGGCGUACGUCGUUCAAAUAAUUCGGACGGCGUGAACGGGAAAACCGCGAUAAAUGUUGAACGACCGUCGGAUACCGUAUUCAAGAUUGAGGAUAAAAAAAUAAAAAAAUAAAAAUAAAGAAAGCUCUUUAAAAAAAAAAAUGACACAGAUGAUGGACGACACAAGAAUUAUGACCCUAACAAGUACCCCGUGUGACCUGAGUACCAUGAGUCUAUUUCAAGACCUGAAACUGAAGAGGCGCAAAAUAGAUUCAAGGUGCAGCAGUGACGGCGAAAGCAUAGCGGACACGAGUACUUCAUCACCGGACGUCGCUGGCCCAGCAUCUCCGUCUAGCCGAUUGGACAGGUCAGAACCAUCCCCCGGUUUAAUCAUAUCAAUGGACAGGAUGGCCUCAUCCCCCGAAUGCGGCAUGAGUACGGACGGUGGGCAAGAAUCGACUGACAUGGGUGCCGGCGAACGGGUGAGGGUCAAGGAAGAGGCAUGCUGCGACGACAAGAAAGACACGGUGAUGGCGAGUUACGAAAAUUGCGGUGACAAGACGGAGCCGUCAUCACCGGCUGCGCAACAACAGAGACGCGAAUCCGUCGUAAUGACCAGCCCGAUCAGUUGCGUGGUCAAGACGCCGCCGCCACCGCCGCCGACGUCCAUGACUUGGUCGCAGACGCCGCCGUCGCCGCGUUGCAGCACGCCCGCCUCGGACACCUCGACGACGUCCGUCACGCAGCAGUACCAACAGCGCCGGCAGUCGGUGGUCACGUCGGUGUCGUCCGCUUUUUGGAACGCCGGCAGCCAGACACCGUCGGCGCCCACCGUCACCGUUUCGGCGGUGACGGCGCCCAACGCCGCAGCCGUAGCUGCUGCGGCGGCCGCGUCCGUGUUUUCCGUGUGCCGCAUCAACGGCGUCCGGCCCGAACUCAUUGGCGGCGCGGGAUUUGCCACUGCCCCCGGACCGCCAGCCACUGACAUGAAACCGCCGACCGCCAUACCUCCCCGGACUACACGGUCUGCCCCCACUGUUAUCAUGGGCGAAGCCGGUGGCGUCCGAACGAUGAUCUGGUCCAGUCCGCCGGGAACCGUGGAACAAUCGACUUCGCCAGCCAGCUCAGGCACGGUACCGUCGACGGCCACCGGUUCGCCGUACUGGUCGACGGCGGCUACUUGGUCGUCGGCCACAUCGUCCUCGUCAUCGUCCCCCCUGACGCCUGUGGUCAGCGAAGAGUCGGCGGCGCACCUGCUGCUCAAUCUCGGCGUGGCCGCCGGCCACGACGCGUCGUCCGUCAUUAGCCACAUGCCCGGCCUGAAGCCCAUCGGUAACGGCGGCCAACAUACGGCCGCCGGUAACGGUGGCUUGGCCAACAACGUCGGCGGACAGUCGAGCUUCCACGUGCCGCUCAACAUGGAAAGGUUGUGGGCCGGUGACCUGUCGCAACUUCCGGUAGCCGCCACGCAACAGAUGCACGCGCUCAACCUGACGGCCAACACAGCCGCCGGUUGGCCCGCGGCGCCUUCGAACGCCGGCGCCGACAGCAAACCCUCAGCCGUCAACCCGUAUCAUCAAUUGGAAGAGGCUGACGAACAGGAUCAACCCAUGGUGUGCAUGAUCUGCGACGACCGGGCCACCGGUCUCCAUUACGGCAUUAUCACGUGCGAAGGAUGCAAAGGGUUCUUCAAACGUACCGUCCAAAACCGAAGGAUAUACACGUGCAUAGCGGAGGGCACGUGCGAGAUAACCAAAGCUCAAAGGAACAGGUGUCAGUAUUGUCGGUUCAAGAAGUGCAUAGGCCAAGGAAUGGUGUUGCAAGCUGUCCGAGAAGACCGAAUGCCCGGCGGAAGGAAUUCCGGCGCCGUCUACAACCUGUACAAGGUGAAAUACAAGAAGAAGAGGCCGCCCAAAAACGGUCAGGUGAAAAUGGAAAAACCCGUAUCGUGUACCACUGCCAGCACGAUGACCACGAUGAAAACCGAAAACCAGGACAGCACUUCGUCCAUUUCGACGCUGGUCAACGGCACCAUACUAAAGACUGCCCUGACGAAUCCUAGCGAGGUCGUCUAUCUCAGACAGAGGCUUGACAACGCCGUCAGUUCGUCCCGAGACCGUACGUUCUCCAUCGAAGCCACGGUCAACAUGAUCAAGAGCCUGGUGGACUGCGACGAGUUCCAAGACAUUGCCACGCUUAGGGUACGCAACAUGGAAGACUUGCUGGAACACAAUUCCGACUUGUCGGCCAAACUCAUGCAGAUCGGCGACUCCAUCGUGUACAAACUCGUGCAGUGGACCAAGCGACUGCCGUUUUACCUCGAACUUCCGGUCGAAGUACACACUAGACUGUUGACGCACAAGUGGCACGAGCUACUGGUGUUGACCACGUCCGCUUACCAGGCGAUCCACGGGCCGCAGAAGAUAUGGAACUCGAGCAACGUCAACGGCGACCGGAACGACGACUCCGAGUUCAAUCAAGAGGUGUCGCACAACCUGUGCAUACUCCAGAACUGCCUGUCGUCGAUGAUGGGCAAACCCAUAACGAUGGAUCAGCUGCGGCAGGACGUGGGCGUGAUGGUCGAGAAGAUCACGCACGUCACCCUAAUGUUUAGAAGGGUAAAGCUGCGGAUGGAGGAAUACGUUUGCCUGAAGGUCAUCAUCAUGUUGACGCAAAACAAUGGCAGUACCGCCAGCGAGCUGGAAACCAUUCAGGAGAGGUACACGUCGUGCCUGAAAACGUACGUGGAACACACUUUCCCCAUGCAACCCAACCGGUUGCAAGAUCUCCUUAACCGAUUGCCCGAGAUUCAAUCGGCAGCUUCACUCUUGUUGGAGUCGAAAAUGUUUUACGUGCCUUUCCUGUUGAAUUCGACUAUCCGAAGCUAGUCGGAUCAUAUAUUAUAAAUUAUCGUUAUAAUAUAUACAGUUUAGAACCAGUUACCAAAAUACACAUGUUUUUGAAAAAGACAAACGGAUAAGAAAAUCUUUCGAAAAAAAAGGUUUGGCGCUCGACGGCUGUUGUUGUAUGAAUAAUGUUGUUUUUUGUAGGUAAAUUACGCGUUAUUGAUGAUAUUUUAUUUUUUAACUAAUGACGGUCGACCGCGAUUGAUGUAUUAGAAACUAUAUUUGACAUUGUUUUUAAUUUUAAUUUUAAUUUUUUUUUAGACUUGUGUAUAUAUUAUUAUUAUUAUUAUUAUUAUUGUGUUUCGAACGAAACUUAGUUUUUUCCCUAUACGACUUGGGAGUUAUUUAAAUAUAUAAUAUUAUUAUUAUAAAGAAUUCACCUAGGGAAGUAUUUUUAUGUCUUAUAUACAUAUAUAAAUUAUAAUAUAUGACGUGAGCCACUUGUUGAAGAGAGAAAUAUGAAUAUAUAUAGUAUGGGUUACCUUGUAUUAAUUAGACAAAAUUAAACUAUAUAUA